AACGUCCACUGCCAUUUUGUUUUACCCUACGUCGGCGUCUCUGAGGCCACGUGACCUCUAGUAGUCUCAGAAGUGGUGUAGCAGUAUGGCCGAGCAAGCGGUGACAGCGAGCGAAGGGCUUGUACAGAGAUUGCUGUCUGUGUUUGGUGUUCACAGUCUGAUCAGCAGUGUGUGGGGCUACGUGGACACCACAAUAAGGUGGUGCUGGAUCCCCAGCUGGCUGCCACCGUGGUGUCCCACCUCUCAAAUCCAGUUACAGACUGCAGAGGACAUGAUGCUGCGAUGUGUAAAAAGCACUUUCACCAAACAGCACAUCCCCAUCUCCAACGGCAGCCAGCUGUGGACCCUGACCUUUAGCAGUGAACAUGUCAAAGACAAAACCCCCAUGGUGCUGUUCCAUGGGUUUGGAGGUGGUGUAGGCCUUUGGGCUCAGAACCUGGAUGCUCUCUCCCAGCGUCGGCCCGUCUUGGCACUUGACCUGCUGGGCUUCGGACAGAGCAGCAGGCCUCUGUUCUCCACAGAUGCUCAGAAGGCAGAGGAGCAGUUUGUGGAGUCUAUAGAGCAGUGGAGGGCUAAAGUGGGUCUAGAGUCCAUGAUACUGCUGGGUCACAACCUGGGAGGAUACCUGACUGUGUCAUACUCUAUUAAAUACCCAGACAGAGUAAAGCACAUACUACUGGUGGAGCCCUGGGGCUUCCCUGAACGUCCGGACACUGCAGAGGCAGACCGUCCCAUCCCUGUGUGGAUCAAAGCACUAGGAGCCAUGUUCAGUCCCUUCAACCCUCUAGCUGGUCUCAGACUGGUUGGGCCACUGGGUCUCACUUUGGUCCAAACUUUGAGACCCGACUUCAAGAGAAAGUUCUUGUCCAUGUUCAGUGACAACACUGUGUCAGAGUACAUCUACCACCUGAACGUGCAAACCCCCAGUGGGGAAACAGCCUUUAAGAAUAUGACUGUUCCCUAUGGUUGGGCUAAGAGGCCAAUGCUGCAGAGGAUGGACCAGCUUCAGCCUGAAAUCCCCAUCACCAUCAUCUAUGGAUCCCGCUCAAGCAUAGACAGCAACUCAGGCAGCACCAUCAAAGAGAUGAGGCCACACUCACAUGUGGAGAUAAUCACUAUCCGUGGAGCAGGGCACUAUGUAUACGCUGACCAGCCAGACGACUUCAAUCACAGAGUUCUGCAAGUGUGUGAUAAAGUGGACUGAACAAGAGACAAAUCUGGUUACUGAACUCUGGAGACAAAGGGGAGCACCGACAACAGACUGUAUCUCACUGUAGCAGCCCAAAUGGAAACGUGGGAUCCCUCUUCCUUAAAGCAGGGAUCAGGAGUGCUUGUACCUUUAAAAAAAUGAAAAGAAGAGUUUUAUGCAUGCUUUUAAUUCAUCAUCAUGACAGAAUGCAGUUCAUGUCAUGUCAACUGGCCAUUGAUUUAGUGAUAGAAGCUAAAUACUCUGAGCUCACAUCACUGAUAAAGUUCCAAUUUGAAAUUCGAGUAUUCAGGUGAACACAACACAAAUCCUCAGCGCUCAGUGAAUGUAUAUUAUUGUCCAUAUGUGGCCUUCAGGAACUCCUGUAGUUGUCUGAUCUGAUCCAAAUGUGCAAAAAUGACUAGACAGAAUAAAAAAGUUUAUUUUCAUAUCUUAUCAUUUUAAGUGUGUGCAUGUAGAUAUCCAUAUUUUUUGCAUAUUUUUCUUAAGAAAAGUGGUAAGUAUUCAGCCACACUUUGAAUUAUGUUACACUGAAACAGAAUCAGUGUCAGUGUAUUCAAAAAGCUCAGUUACAGUGUCAUGUGUUAGUAUUUCCUGCACAGCGCCUGACCCGUGGUUUGUGGUUUGUCCAUAUGAUUCUGAUACAGACAGGAAGUGUACUCUUUUAGAGCAUCAUUGCACCAGCACCAGGAAGCAGCCAUAAAUUUAUCUGCAGCUAAUAAUAAUCUUUUGGAGCAUGUGUCCUCUCUGCAUGGCUAUUAGCCCCGUCAAAAGUUCACUUCAGUUUUAUUAGUGGUGACUGUUGAAUUCAAAUGAGCAGUAGAAUUAAGAAAUAAUGGUAAUUUGAAACCCAGAGCAGCAAACUGUUUUACACUCUGAUGUGGGUGCACAGGCCUCUGACGUAUUUGACUGCUGUCUACAAAAAAAUACAAUUUAAACUUCAAUUUCAGUUCACAAUUAUCAAUGAUCUAGCUAGUAUCAUUGUAAAAAGGUCUACAUGUGGUCAUAUUGACCUUUCUUUUAUUUAUUUAUGUAACCUCUUUUGUUUUUUUUUCCUCAAAACAUUCAGUAGCACUGUUUGCACUCAAAGAAUCUUUUGCUAAUAAAGAUUAAACCUAAAACUAAUCAUUUAGAAGUAAUCUAAAGAAACCAACUUCAGACAUCAUACGUCACUGUUGGCUGUGGCAGAAAGAUUCAAAAGGGUAGUUUUUCAAAUCAGGGCUGUAUAUGACUACUUAAUUUUAUUACAUAUGACAAUGUAUUUCUGAAAUACAAAUUAAUUUGCCUACCAAAUCUUCCCUCCUCCACCCAUUUUCCCUUUCCUAUUUCUGCCGUAUAUGUAAAUGUUAACACAAAUAAAAUGUGUGCUAUAGCGUGA